ACUGUAGUUUUUUUUAUAGUCGCAAUGGAGGAUUGGUCUGACUCUUCAGAAGCCGAUGCGCUGCGGACUGGCUGUGGCGGGCAGUGAGAUCGAUGGCCUCCUCCCCCCUGACAGCUUUCGUCUCCCUCCUGCUCCCCUGCCUCCUCUCGUUGCUCCUCCUCCGCCUCGCCACCGUGCUGGACCCGGAUCCCGACGCCGCCGUCCCCCGCGUCAAGGCGGCCCCGCCCCUCCCCCUCCGAUUCCGCCAUGACGGUGCCUUCAAAAUCAUCCAGGUGGCGGACAUGCACUUCGGGAACGGCGCCGCCACGCGCUGCCGGGACGUGGGCCCGGACGGCGGCGGGGCACGCUGCUCCGACCUCAACACCACGCGGUUCCUGCGCCGUGUCAUCGAGGCGGAGAGGCCCGAUCUCAUAGCCUUCACCGGGGACAACAUAUUUGGGUCCAGUGCAACAGAUGCCGCAGAAUCGCUACUCAAAGCAAUCAGUCCUGCUAUGGAGUACAAGGUACCAUGGGCUGCCAUUUUAGGUAAUCAUGACCAAGAAUCCACAAUGACCCGAGAGGAGCUGAUGACGUUCAUGUCUCUCAUGGAUUACUCGGUAUCUCAAGUAAACCCACCUGGUUUUUUGGUACAUGGGUUUGGCAAUUAUCAUAUUGGCAUCCAUGGGCCAUUUGGAUCCGAGUUGGUCAAUACUAGUCUUCUUAACCUUUACUUCCUGGAUAGUGGGGAUCGUGAAGUGGUGAAUGGAGUUAAAACAUAUGGAUGGAUCAAAGAAUCUCAACUCGACUGGCUUCAUGCUACUUCACUGGAGCUUCAGAAAAAAAUACAUGCUCCUGCAUUAGCGUUCUUCCACAUCCCAAUUCCAGAAGUACGAGAAUUGUGGUAUUCAGGCUUCAAGGGUCAGUAUCAGGAGGGAGUGGCUUGCUCAUCUGUAAAUUCAGGUGUUCUUGGCACCCUUGGCUCAAUGGGAGAUGUGAAAGCUGUCUUUCUAGGUCAUGAUCACCUUAAUGAUUUCUGUGGAAACCUUAACAGGAUAUGGUUCUGUUAUGGUGGUGGCUUUGGUUAUCAUGCCUAUGGAAGACCCCAUUGGCCAAGGAGGGCUCGGGUAAUUUAUAGUGAACUCAAGAAAGGGCAGAGAUCGUGGAUGGAAGUCAAGUCGAUCCAGACCUGGAAGCUGCUAGAUGAUGAAAAGCUUUCCAAGAUUGAUGAGCAGGUUCUCUGGCGACGCAGUACAGAUGAUUCCCACCACAACGUCUUCUUGUCAAGAUCAGUUGUCUGAGAACACUUCCUGCUCAAACUUGUCCACAACUCUCUACCCGUGGAGGAAUCUGAAGAGACGGGCACUGUUUUGAAUUUCAAUCCUCGUUUUGCUUUCUCUCUCCACUCUUUGUCACUGUUGGUCGUUAAUUACCAUGAGGCGCUUUGCUUGCAGUAGUUAAUCAGUGGAAGGACAAUCCAUCUUAACUGCUAGCUCUUGCUGUUUGUAACGUCUAAAAAUCAUCCAUCCGUCCAAAUAUACUAAUUGAACACGUGCAAGCAUUGCUGCUAGUAUUCAUCGGUUCAUUCAUUCUGUAUGCUGAUGCUCGCUUGAACAACUAGUCUUGUGUGUCCA